UCAUCGCUCUAUCAGUUGACUUGUCAAACUCAGUCCUGUCACUUUAAAUGUUAAACUUCUUCCCCUAUUUGUAAACAAAACAAGUUCGUCAUUGUUUGGGUGUAUAAGAGUGGGCCUUGCGAUGGCAGCUCUACCGCCCAGACGCAACCCUACCCCCACGAAAAUCUCUAAACAGAAUCUCACCCCAUUGCAGAUCCUGCUGCAAAUGGGGGUGCCGAAACAUAGGGCGGAAAAGGCCCUGGCCGCUACAGGGAACCGCGGAGUGCAGCUGGCCUCCGACUGGCUGUUGGCCCAUGUAAACGACCCUUUAUUAGAUGACAAUUCGCCCAGGGAGUACAUCCUAUACGCCUGCCCUACUGGGCCCUUUCUGGAACAACUGCAGGCCUUCUGGUCGAAGUCGUUUAGUUUGUGCGGCUGGAAUGGGGCCCAUAACUUCACGCCCCAUAUAACUUUGGUGUCGUUCUUCAAGGCUCCAGAUCAGGACUCCACGCACUUGGCUCUGAGUCUUAAGACUGUGAUGGACCGGCAGGGGGCUGUUUUGAACGAGUCGCUGAAGCUCGAGAGUUACACGUCGCCGAACUUCAUGGGUUUCUUCGUGACUGAGGAACAUGCCGACUACCUCAAGCGAAUUGCCAUGCAGUAUGUGAAAGAGGUGUCCAAUGCGAUUAUUAGCGAUACCUACGAGCAGUUCGACGCCCUCACGGCCUGUUUUCCUUGGUGCACAACCACAACAGCCCGCUGCAUCCCGAGAGGAAGUCGAUCCAUCAGUCUGGAACCGCACGUGAAAUCGCUCCAUCUCACCCUGGCCUAUCAGUUUCCCAACGCGCAGUACCAGCACCUCAAGGCGCUCGUUGAUCAACUAGACUGCGCCAUGCCCAGCAAUUGGGAGCUGCGCCUCUAUUCCAGGGACCCGAGACUCAACGGGAAGCAAGUUCACAAGGUGAUUCACCCCUAUUCCCCCACAGAGUGCGACGAGCUGGAGCUACGCGCUGGGGACUAUUUGUACAUUGGGAGCGAAGCUCUGGGCAGCUCCAUGGACGGCUGGGUUGAGGGAGUUUCUUGGCUCACGGGACUUUCCGGUCUACUGCCCGAAAGUUAUACGGAGCGCACGGCCGAGUCCGACGCCUGGACGCUGCAUAAGAAAAUCUCCAUCAACAGUGUGACGCCCGAUCCAGAGCCCAAACUGGCCGAGUUGAAAUCAGGGGCGUCGACCACGUCCACCUCCAGCAACGAGCACUCCGUGUUGAACAACGAGGAGGUGAAAAUGCCGCCACCACCCGGUAUCCCAGAGGUCGAACGCAACGUCGCCAAGGAAAAUUUUUACGAGAACCUCAUUGAUAUCCGCAGACAGGAGAACAAAGACUCGCCCUUAGAGGAAAGCCCCAGUCGCAGGGUGUUCAUAAUGCGCCAUGGUGAGCGGAUUGACUUCACUUUUGGCAGUUGGGUGCCUUAUUGCUUCGACGAAUCGGGAACAUACGCGCGCAAAGACCUGAACAUGCCCAAAACCCUUCCGGAAAGAAAAGGAGGAGCUGCCGCCUAUCUCACCGACUCCCCCUUGACCAACAUCGGGCUGUUCGAGGCGAAACUAGUGGGAGAAGCGCUGAGGGACCAGAACGUCACCAUAGAAGAGGUGUACUGUUCUCCCUCCUAUCGCUGCAUCCAGACCUGCGACUCGGUUCUAAAGGGCUUGAAUAGAAACGAAGACCUGGCCAUCAAGGUGGAGCCCGGCCUGUUCGAAUGGAUGGCUUGGUAUCCAGCGGAGCACGUGCCAGACUGGAUGACGCCCAGUGAACUGUCCAGAGCCGGGUUUAACAUCGACGAGCACUACGUGCCAGUGGUGUCCGAGAAGGAGCUGAAAGACAACCGGGAAAACUGCGAGCAGUUCUAUCUGCGAAGUGCCUUUGUUACUCGAAGUUCUUUAGCAGCCGCCCCAAAGGGCAACUUGUUAUUGGUGGGACACACCGCCACCCUGGACACCUGCUCGCGAGAACUGGUAGGCAAGGGGGCGCGCUCGGGCAGCGAGCUAGUGAAAAUCAUCCAGAAAAUCCCGUAUUGCUCGCUGAUCGAAGUGACGGGCGUCGGUGAGAGCUGGAGCAUAGUGGAACCGCCCUGUCUACCUCUCACGCACUCCACCAAUCAGCGCUUUGACUGGAAAGUCCUGCUCCAAUAGGCGGUCAGCACCAGACUUUUCAAUUCUAUUUGGUUCGCAUUCGCCACUGCAUCAGGGUAAAUUGCGCACAUUUUUUCCGGUAGCAGUGGAGCCGUCGCGGUAUCUAAGAACGAGGGCGCGCUUGUACAAUAGCGAUAGGAACAAUCGGGUUGUUUGAUUAAAUUAAUUUAGAGAACCAAUAGGGGUAUUAAGACAGAUGAGGGCGAUGGAAACCUACGCCAUACAAAAACAAACUUUUGUACAAACCGCUCUUCUUUUACUUGAUUGAAUAUCGCUGUUUAAAGUAGGCGAUUGCAAAAGCAGUCCGAUUAUUCCCGUCGCUAGCGGAAACUUUCAGCCCGAUCUUUAUUCCAGUCGCCAGAUGAAAGCGUUAUUGGCACUGAUACACACCCUCCUUUAAAGUAACGUUGUUUAAUCGAACGAAUGUGUUCAUAAAAGGCAUCUUCUUUUCCAAUAAAAAUUCCUAUGACGA